AUGUGUGUGAAACGGCGCUUAGAGGCAGCAGAAACAAAAAAUAAAUUAAAUGAAGCAGAGAAAAAACAAAAAGAAAAUGAAGAAAAAGUAAAUACACUUAAAGCUGAUCUGCAAAAGACGGAGGAGCAGCUGGGUGCGCGUACAGAGGAGCUGAAGGGUGUUGAGACAGAGCGAGCAAGAGCCGAGAGAGAACUACAAAAACUGGUGGUUAAGGAUGAGGAGCUGAGAGCAGAGGUUGGGGGGGAGGUUUCUAGGCUGCAGCAGAAGCAGCAGCAAGUGCAGCAGCUGCAGCAGCAGCAGGAGAAGCAGCAGCAGCAGCUGCAGCAGCUAGAAUUGGUGCUGCAGCAGCAGGAUGCUGCUGAGGAAGCAGCACAAAUAAAAGCAGCAGAAAAAGAAAUAGAGGAUGCAAAAGAAGCUGUAGAAGAAUACCAAGAAACCAUCAAAGGCGAGGAGGAGGUGCAGCAGCUAUCUGAUGCGCAUGCAGCAGCAGAGAAGCUGCUGCUGCAGCAGCAGCAGCAGCUAGAUAAACACCUAACAGCAGCAUCUAGGAUAACCUCAGCAAUAGAGAUGCUAGAAAGAAAAAAAAAACAAAUAAAGGAGAGACAGAGAGAAGCAGAACAAACCCUCAAAAGGUGUAUAGAGGGAGAAGUUAAUUUUGCUGCUGCGCUGCAGCAGCAGCAGCAGCAACUUGCUGCUGCUGCUGCUGAUCUUCAUCUGCUGCAGCAGCAGAAAAAAGAAAUACAGCAGCAAAUAGAUGAACUCGAUAAACAACUCUUUCAUGCAAAGGGAAAACUAAGAGGAGUAAAACCCUCAAGGGUUUAG